AUGCCCUCCAAGAAAUCUAACGCAUUAGGGCAGGAAAGUUCAACAGACCGUGGUUAUUCUUCAGCUGGCAACAAGUUAGGCCUUACGCCUGAGGGUAGGGUUGACCCAGGCCAAAUCAUUUCCAUGGGACCAACGACCAGCCUGAUGCGACUUCUUGCAAAAGAAGAUGCUACCUUUUCUCGGACCCUGGACUGGACAAAUGGCCCACAAGAUUUACUCAACGGAUUACAGGAACAUUCCACCGAUGCUCCUGUACCUAAGGCUGGUAGAAAGAAUGGCGAGCCCUCUACCGACACUCCUUCCCGGACAGGGCCCCAAUACGAUUGUGUUUGGUAUUCUUCACCUCUAGAUGAUCCCAGCGUGGGUUCACGGAAGAACUACCACGAAAAGCGUGUAGCUCUCCGUUCUUUGAAGUCUGCCAGGGAUCGUAUCGACCAUGAUAUCGCAAAAGUUGCUGGUUUCCUUACCGAGACUGGUCAUAUCGAUUCCUCUAGUGAUGAUGGGGAGGACUCUGGUGCCGAGAAUGUGUUUGCUGGAUUCAAGCUUAUGAAAAUGGGGACAGAGGAGGAGCAGGAAGAAGAGGAGAACGAGGAGGAGAACGAGGAGGAGAACGAGGACGAUGAAGAGGAGGAUGAAGAGGAGGAUGAAGAGGAGAACGAAGAGGAGAACGUGGAGAAUGAAGAUGAAGAGGAUGAGUAG